CAUGUCCCUCGAUCUAAAGCAAAGGUUGCCUUUGAACAUUUUAUUUUUCGAUAACCAUUUCUGGAAGAACUAUUUUAAGAGGACCUUUGGCGCUUUGAUUAAAAAUCGGCCGGUGUAAAUACGAUUGAACCUGUAUCUCAUCGAUCCUCCCACUUCAAAGGGAGUUUCCUGCUUGGCGUUAGAGUAUCCCGUGUUGACUCGACCUUUCAAGAGAAAUCGACACGAGAAGGGGUGACUACCCUGCCUUUCCAUGCGAUUUAUCGAGGAAGGCAGCAAGUGGGAGAAUGGAUCGUCUUUUUUUUUCGAACAGAUCGAGGUACGGCUGGUAUUUACCAAUGUAAGCGCGCAUGUCUGUACACAAUACCUGCAAUCUGUUGAAGAACUGCUGUCUUUCUUUAAGUGUGAUUCUCGUUCUAAAAAUAUUAGUAUCAUCGUGCGAACCGUGAAAAGAAUAUUAUUACCAUCGUGAGAACCGAGACAUUGCAUACUUUAAAUGCAUCUAAGAAAGAUUCUGAUGCUUAUCAACAAGAGGAAAAUCUUUAAAAUAUCUUCGGCAGGACUCACGAAUUCCAGCGAUUUGGCACCGGGACAGAAUCCGAUCCCGAAACGUCACAUUCUUUAAUCAGUGAGAAUGAUCAAUAGUCUGGCGACGUCUCCUAAUGAGGUUCCAGUGGCGUCACUUGGUGGGGUACUUAACCUUAAAGACUAACUGCAUAACCUGAUCGCCCUGAGAAUCGCUGUGAUCAGAAUGACAGUGCCUGAGGUGAAGAGUGGGAAAGAAGGGCGUGCGUGCGACCGGCAAGAGACUGAUCGAGGGCUUCGAUCCAGCCGUUCUCGCCAUGGGCUCGAGGAAUUCGUUAUGAGAAAGAGAAAAUUCUGGGAGCAUUCGUUUCAACUGGCCUGGAGAAUGGAAAGUGAAACGACGUCCACUUUGCUGCCGGCUGUAGACCCAGCCCACCAUGGCAUGACUCUCGAACAGAAAACUACCUUCGCUUUUGUAAUCUUCCUUUUUAUCUUCUUGGGAAUUCUCAUCGUAAGAUGCUUCAGGAUCCUGCUGGAUCCGUACAGGAGCAUGCCCACGUCCACAUGGGCGGACGGGCUGGACGGUUUGGAGAAAGGACAGUUCGACUAUGCAUUGGCUUGAAAAGGAGCUCGUAGUGAAAGUGGCUGCUGGAUUUUAGAGAUAGUCGUUCCCACUGUGCGACUGCAAGAACGCAUUGCCAAUAGGAUUUUUCGCCAGCUGUUGGCUGUGAACUAUCUUCAGAAUGGACAGCUGAUUUAACAUUUGAAACUCUCAUUGGUACUAUGCAGUUCUCUGAUCGGACUGGUUGCUCGCCAAGAGCUGUGCACAGUCAGCCCACAAAAAUCAUGUCUUAAAAAUCUGGAGAUGUGUUUGACUCUCUUCUGUCGCCACAUUAUUGCCUUUCCAGCGCCGAAAGGGCGUCAGUAAAACGUACGUAGACGCUUUAUAUUCUGCAAGAGUGAAUGAUAAAAUCGUGGACAUCUCGAUAUAUUUGGGUCGAGGAAUCCAUAACUAAACGUCGUGGCAUAAUUAAGAGAUUAAUACAUGUCAUUUUAGGAGAGACUUAUGCGGGUUACGUAAACGCUUUUGUUCGCAAAUUUGAACUAUUUACGUAAAAAUCUCAUGAACACAUUUGAUGUAACUUAGUAACACUCUUAGAAGCUUCUUUAUUCUUUCCUAGUGCUGGUCUUGAAGUUGACCAAGGUUUUGAUGAAGCUUUUAAUAAGAUCUAGUAGGAGUUAUGCAUCACUCAAUGAAGAGAAAGGAUGAAUUUAUUUCAGAAUGCCAAUUUUGUUAUUUCCCCCAUGAAUCAAUAAAUAAAAAAUAAAGCCUACCAUUGUUUGCUUAGGGUAUUUAGAUGGCGUCUUGAUUCUCAGUGUCAGAUCGUGAAUUUCAGUGAAUUUCCCUCCUCUAGUAACCCAGCAGGUACAGAAACACAUAAUCUCCAUCCAAGCUGAUAAUCUCACACGUCUCUUUGAGUUUAUUCCAAGCAGUUUAGACUGGGUUGGCAGUGCAAACAUAUGAGCUGCUCCAGUUUACCUGCCAAAAUUUGCAGUCUACCAACACAACAGAAAGAUUUUUAUAAUUCUUGAUGCAACUCAAAACACUCCUUCAUUGGAUUUUAGGUUAUUCAUAGUCAAAUAGCAAGAAACACACCUUCUUUGCCAUACCUAAACCUUAGGUAUUUUAAUUGUGUGGUCAAUCAUCAACCAUGUGCUUAAAAAUAACUAAUUUACAAGUUCUUGUUGACUGAUUUGUUCUGAAGUUCUGUUGCAUCUACAAGCAAAAGGGUUUUUUUUAAGAGACUCUUAGAUAGGUACAUGGACCUUAGAAAAGUAGAGGGCUAUGUGGUAGUGUAAUUCUAGGGAGUUUUUAGAAUAGGUUACAUGGUCGGCACAGCAUUGUGGGCUGAAGGGCCUGUAAUGUGCUGUAGAUUUCUAUGUUUUAUGUUCUAAACUGGGAGUUACUUUCCCAAGGAGACUCUGGAAGACACCAUCUCCACUUACCCAAUACCUAGCCUCCACAACCCCAGGAAUGAAUUGGCUAACAAAGAGAAAAUUCACAAAACAAACCAUGUACUUCAUGAGGUAUGAACAUGUAUCACUGUAAAUAAUAAUGCAAUAUUAUAUUACAUGAUGAAGGGUUUUGGUCCAAAACAUCGAUAGUUUAUUUCCCUCUAUAAAUGCUACCUGACCUAUUGAGUUCCUCUGGCAUUUACUGUGUUGCAAAUGUAAUACAAUGUACUUCCAUAUUGUGAUGAACUUAUGGAUAUAUCUCACACAAGCAAUGGAAAUUUUAAACUGUGAUGAUCCCAAGAUCUGUCUAACUUCUCCCAUGAAAGAUUCUCCCUUUCUUAAAAGUUCAAAACAAGUAAAUUGUAAUUGAUUUCUGUAAAUUGUUAGUUGAUGAGUUUGUCGGUGUUUAUGUUAGCAGACGAAUAUAUAAC